AUGGCAACUGCAGAGGAAAUUGGGCCGGGCGGCGUCAACAUUAAGGGCAAGCCCAUCUUUUUAGCGGUAGACCAUACCAGAUGCGCUCCCAGCACAGAGCGUGAGCUUUCUGACCAGGAGCUACUCGCAUGGAGGUCAUUUCAGCUCUGGCGAUCCACAUUGUCGGUGGAGCGUCGUGAUAACGUCUAUAAAUCACUUACAAACUCGGACUACACCAAUUUCCGCUUAGCACACCACAUUAUGGGUACUCCAUUCCCGGUGGUGGACACCACCCCAGGAAUAUUUGACGUUGGCAAGUCCGUGCGGUGGUACGAGCACGCCAUCUCCGUCGCGGUGGCUCUCGCGUACGGCUACUGGAUCCGCUCCAAGGCCUCAACACGCAAUGCACGCAUGAUGCCCAUGUCACGCUCAGCCAUUACACUGUUGACAUUUUUUUCUAUGGACUUGUGUUUCUUCUACCGAAGCAUGUAUCGCCUUACUGGAUAUCUUCCCAAUGACUAUGAAUGUCGAAAGUAUGGUGUCAUGGAAGACAAGGAACGACUGGAACGCAAAAAAGUUUUAUGGGAGAAAUACGCCAAAUACAAGAAGGAAUGGUGUCGUCGCUUUGAUUACCAUGUGUAUGGCAUCCGUCCGGGUGAAAAUUGGAGCUUUUUUUCAGCCUGUCUUUUUCCUGCAUGGGCGCCCAUGUUCAACACCUGCACGGACUACCCGCCACGCAAGAACCCUUACUUCCUUACCGCCACACCACUGCGAAACAUUUUUGCCGAGUCUCCGUUUACAUAUGAGAUACCAAAGGAUGAGACAGUGCCACUUGUGAAGGAACGUCCGGAGUUUAAGUACUUGUAUCGCGGUCCUGAAAGAGAGGGAAUCGUGAAUGGAAAAAAUUAG